AUGCUUCGAGAUGUAUACUCUGGACGUUUGAAGCUCCAUGGCGAGGAACAUGAACAAACCGCCAUAGCAGCCAACAACUACGCGGCGUCCCUAUUAACUCUAAAGCGCCACGAAGAAGCCAAGGCAUUGUAUCGCAAAACGAUACCCGUGGCGCGGCGCGUUAGCGGGAAGAAUGAUGAGGAGCUCACGCUCAAAUUGGGGUGGAAUUACGCGGACGCGCUCUACACGGACCCCGACGCAACGCUCGACGAUAUCCGCGAGGCCGUGAGGACACUCGAGGAUUUGGAACGGACCACGCGGCGCGUGCUCGGCGGCGCGCAUCCGUUCGCAACGGGGAUUGUGGACGCUCUACGACAGUCGCGAGCCACGCUCCGCGCCCGCGAAGCCGGGAAGAGCGUGGUCUUCGAAUAUACAUAA